AUGGCGCAUCGUCUAACCAAACCAUUAAGACUAUUGUUAUUAGGUGCACCAGGCUCUGGAAAGGGUACUCAAACAAGUAAACUAUUAAAGUUCUAUCCAGAACUAUAUAGUUUAAGUAGUGGUGAUAUUUUCCGUCAACAAAUUGCAGCAAAAACGAAACUAGGACUAGAAGCCUCUAAAUACAUUGAAAAUGGAUCCCUAGUUCCAGACAAUAUUGUUACAGGGCUAGUUGUUGACCAUCUGACAAAGGAGGUCAUUCUACCUGAUAUUAAACACUGGAUACUUGAUGGAUUUCCAAGAAAUAUUGAACAGGCAAAAAGUCUCGAUACUAGUUUAGCACAUACUAUCGCUGGUAACAACAAUAAAUGUGUUUUCAAUUUAGUGGUUGAACUAGACGUUCCUCAGCAAAUUAUCAUCGAUCGUAUAGUUAAUCGUUGGGUCCAUAUUCCUAGUGGUAGGGUAUACAACUUGCAAUAUAAUCCACCAAAGGUUCCCGGUAAAGAUGAUAUUACUGGUGAGCCAUUAUCCAAAAGGCCCGAUGAUACUGAAGAAAUUGUUUCCAAGAGAUUAAAAGAUUUCAAUCUUUUAGUAAAGCCAUUAAAAGAAUAUUAUCAAAAUUUAGGUAUUUUAAAAGUUGUUUCCGGUGAAACUUCAGAUAUUAUUUUCCCAAAAUUAUUAGAUAUUAUUAAGAAGAAUUUUUAG